CAAUCCGGAAGUAGAGUGUACAAUUUGGUGUUGGUGUUAAAUGAAAAAUAACGUCAAGAGCCAGUGAAACAGACACGGGCUUGGGCGGAAUUGGUAGAAGAGCAGUGGUGAAGAGGAGGAUGAUGAUUAUCAUCAUCGCAAAUUCAUCUCGGUGAAUUAUUUUGUUGAUAUAAAAAAAUAAUAAAACAUCUAGCUAAAUGGCGGAUUCGAGGUAGUGAGGGGUGAUAGAGCGGAAAAUGGGAACUGGACAUACAGUGAGGUACUGACACCGGUGUGAAAAACGGGAGAGGAAGAAAAGUGAGAGUGGAGACCAGUCAUCAUAUCAAAGCUGCUUUCCAGAAAGCAGACAACACGUCCCACAUGGGAAAUGACAAAAAGGGUGAUGUCCGAGGGAUAACGGCAAGGACUCUCAGCCCUUCCACCCCAAUCCAAGCCGAUAACAACAAAGCACGUCUCCAUCUCCGUCCAGCAAUAGAGGUUCUGGAUCGUUCUCCUGUCGUGUUAUUGAUCACACAAUGAUUGGAUGAGAAUCCAUCCACUGAUGUCAUUGGGCCAUGGUUCGCAAGAGAGGCUCCCUUAUCUUGUGUGGAGCUUUCCUAUUCGUCGCCUGCAAUGGCUUGCUUCUCCUGUUCCUUUGGGGACGAACUCCCAUUGGUCGCUUUGGGGAAGGGGGCGGGGCCGAACCAGGAGGGCGGGAAGAGUGGGGCGUGGCCAAAAUAAAAGAGGGUGGGACUAAUCUGGCAGGCGAGGUGAUCCGAUUGGCCGAAGAGGUAGAAUCGGAACUCGAGACCCAGAAGGAACUUCUGAAGCAGAUUCAGAGUCACAGGUCACUGUGGGAAAAGAGGAGAGGGAUGGGAAAAAGACAGACGGAUGGAGGGAAGGUAGAAAAUAAAGAGGAACACAAACCUCCGCCACAGUUGUCUGCAGUACCUCCAAAGGUCGAUUCAGAGAACAAGGACCAAAGUCAAGAGGAAAAUACACCGGAAUUGAUCAUUACAGCAGUCCGAGACCCUAAAGUAGACACACAACUGGACAAUGAAAUAAAAGAGCUGACCGACUACACCAAAUUGGAUGUUACUGUCAUCAGCCCACAAGUUGUCAUUCCCAUAUUGGUCAUCGCCUGUGACAGGGUGACCGUGAAAAGGAGUCUUGACAAGUUGAUCCAAUACCGCCCCUCUGCAGAACUCUACCCAAUCAUAGUUAGUCAGGACUGUGGCCAUGCUGAGACAGCCCAAGUGAUUGGCUCAUAUGGCAGUCAGGUGACCCACAUUAGCCACCCAGACCUCUCGGACAUCCGGGUACGGCCGGAGCACAGGAAGUUCCAGGGCUACUAUAAGAUUGCCAGACACUACCGCUGGGCCCUCAACCAGGUGUUCGACACACUCUCUCACUCCACCGUGGUGAUCGUGGAAGAUGACUUGGAGGUUGCCCCAGACUUCUUUGAGUACUUCCGUGCCCUCCACCCCAUCUUGACCUCUGACCCCACCCUGUGGUGUGCGUCUGCCUGGAACGACAAUGGCCGGGAGGGGCUGGUGGACCCUGGGAAGGCGGACCUCCUCUACAGGACAGACUUCUUCCCUGGGCUGGGCUGGAUGCUGCUGAAGGACAUCUGGGCAGAACUAGAACCCAAGUGGCCCACAGCCUUCUGGGACGACUGGAUGCGUCACCCUGAGCAGCGUAAAGAGCGCUCCUGCAUCCGUCCAGAGAUCUCCAGAACUAUGACCUUCGGACGCAAGGGUGUCAGCUUGGGUCAGUUCUUUGACCAGUAUCUGCGUUAUAUUAAACUCAACACGGACUUUGUGCCUUUCACCAAACAGGAUCUGUCUUACUUGAUGAAGGAGAACUUUGAUGUGAACUUUGUGAAGCAGGUUUACAGCGCCCCUCUGAUUACGGUGGAGGAGCUACAACAAGGGGGUGGUUUGACGGGAACUGGUCCGUACCGGGUGCAAUAUUCCAGCCGGGACAAUUUUAAGGUUCUGGCCCGUAACUUAGGGGUGAUGGAUGACUUGAAAUCGGGGGUUCCCCGUGCAGGGUACAGGGGUGUGGUCAGCUUCCUGUCCCGUGGACGACGGGUCUUCUUGACCCCACCUGAGGGAUGGACAAAGUAUGACGUCAGCUGGAGCUGAGAGGUUUGAACAGGACUUAUUGCGAAUGUUAUCGAAGACCGACUCGACAGAGAGGAACACCUUCUCAAACCAAAGAAAACAAAAACAAGCUAACAUGAAGGAGCGGAAGCUAAACAGGCAGGUGUGUGAAGGGAUAUGUGAUAGAGUGAGGCACAGUGUGACACAGGGCAACACCCAGGCAGUGAAACCACAGAACGUCUCACUGAAAUUACAAACCAUUUAAUGCUUGGUUGUUCUCCUGCUAGAGCUGGAACGCUUUAUGCUGGGGGUGUCGAACUCAUUCCAUGGAGGGCUUAGUGUCUGCUGUUUUUUAUUAUUUUAAUUAAGACCUAGACAACCAGGUGAGGGGAGUUCCUUACUGAGACAACCAGGUGAGGGGAGUUCCUUACUGAGACCUAGACAACCAGGUGAGGGGAGUUCCUUACUGAGACAACCAGGUGAGGGGAGUUCCUUACUGAGACAACCAGGUGAGGGGAGUUCCUUACUAAUCAGUGACCUUAAUUCAUCAAUCAAGUACAAAGGAGGAGUGAAAACCCGCAGGCACUCGGCCCUCCGUGAAAUGAAUUUGACACGUGGUUUGCUUCAACGUGAUGUCUUAAACCUAAAGUUUGAUUACGUGAAUUCAGAGACUUGCUUUUUGUGGGUUUUUUUCUGUGUCGCCAGAUCUUAAAAGAUCCAAAUGGCUCCCUGUUUACUGCACUACCUUUUGACUAGGAACCAUAGGGCUGUAGUAUAAAGUAGUGCACUAGAGGGAUCCAUUUAGGACAGCCUCUGUCUACAUUCUAUUCUCAGAUGUCUACUUUAAAAAGGACUUGCAGUAUUCCACUCACUCAAAGUGAAUGAAUGAGGUCGAAAUAUUAGUUAGACUGGUAUUAAACUUUUAUCAUAAAUAUAUAAUCUGAUUUAUUCUUAAAAUGGGAAAAAAAAGUACCAUGAUUUUUUGGGCGGAGGGGGAAAUACUAUUUUGGGAAUGAUUUAUUUAUCUCUUGUAAAUGGUCUUCUAAAGAGAUGAUCAGAGGUUCAUACAUUGCCUUGCAGCGAGCCAGUUUAACACCUGUAUGUGACAUUAUGUUGUGCUCAUGUCAAAUGGCACCCUAUUCCCUAUGUAGUGCAUGACCUUUGUCCCGAACCCUAUGGGCCCUGGUCAAAAGAAGUGCACUAUAUAAAGGAAAAAAAAGGGUGCCAUUUGGGACGUCCAUAAUACUUUAGCCCCUUUUUCAAAAUGAAUGGUCGGUUGUAAUUCCAUGACAUUCAAACGGUGGUCUGCUACAGUUGUGUUUGUUGAAGAAUAAAAACAACAACAAUGAUUAUUGUUUUCUCGAUUUACGUGAUUGGGCGUAACUGGGUGAUACGUGAAGGGUGCUUUUUUUAUUCAUGUCCUUAGUUCUGGGGUGAUUGAUUGUCAGGAAGAUCGAUUCAUAUGUCCUAUAUGGUGAUGUGUAAGAACCACUGCCUGACGUGUUUAUUACUUGGAAUACGUUGCAAAUAAAACAGACUAUUUUGCUGUUUGUC